CAAGUUGCUGACUACCCCAACCCUCCCCGUCCCUUCCCAAAUAAUUUAUGUUAAUGUAUUCUGCUCCCUGCCUCUUGGCAGCCACUCAUCCUGACAGCCAAGGUCUCUCCCUGGGAGGAAUCCUCUUCAGAUGCUCUUUGGGAUCCCAGAAGCAGGGAGGGGGUGGAAAUUAACAAUUUCCACAAACCAACAAGAGGGAUUUUCCAUCUGAAACUGGCAUCUCUGUGAGUGUGUCUUUGUGUCUUUCCCCCUACGCUGUCUUGGCCAGGACUGCACUGUGCAGUGCUGGUUUUCUGCCUCUUCUCAUAGCCUUUGGAAGAAGAUAGUGACGUCUUUUAUUCAAGGACAGAAGAAACUCAGUGAUUCCCAACCUACUUUCUUGGAAACCCACUGGAUAAAGUUAAUUCUCUGCUUCCAAGACCAGGAUUUUGGCAAAUAAGCACAUUCUGAGACUAUCACCAGAAGAUCCUGCGCUUUCUGUUGAAAGGAAUCUCUCUGCUAAGCUCUUGACUUCUUUAAGUGUGUGGACCAACCCACCCAAGGCAAGCCUCUUUGACAUAGAAGAUCUGCAAAGGCACCACCCAAAGGAUCUGCUGUCUAAGUUUAUUUUGGGUCCUGAACGGGUUGGAGAGACCCACAAACUCUUUGGAUAUUCUUUCAACACUCCAAUUUGGGUCACUUUUUUGGACCCUAUCAAGGUUUUUAGUUUUGGUCUUUCCAGAUCUUCUUCUUGGUCAACUUGUCAUCCAAACUUUAAGUCCAGGCACAUUUCAACUCCUUCUGUUCCUCUCUCGUUUUGUUUUCACCACUUGAUUUGAAUCUUCAUUCCCAGGGAGUUGUCAUUGUGUCGUUUUCUCAGCACAGCCAAGAUGUUCAGCUGGAUGAAGAAGAACGAGAAGAAGACGCCCGAGGUGAUCCGCACGGUCACCGAGGGCCUCAAAGACCUCUACAAGAGGAAGCUGCUCCCGGUGGAGGAAUUCUACCGCUUCCAUGAUUUCCAUUCACCAGCCCUGGAAGAUGCCGACUUUGACAACAAACCCAUGGUGCUGGUGGUGGGCCAGUACUCCACCGGGAAGACCACCUUCAUCAAAUACCUGCUGGAGCAGGACAUCCCUGGGAGUCGCAUUGGGCCCGAACCCACCACGGACUCUUUCAUCGCUGUGAUGCACGGGGAAACGGAGGGGAUCAUACCAGGCAAUGCCCUCAUUGUCGACCCCAAGAAGCCUUUCAGAAAACUCAACCCCUUUGGAAACACCUUUCUUAACAGGUUCCUGUGUGCUCACUUGCCCAACCAAGUCCUGGAGAGCAUCAGCCUUAUAGACACUCCAGGGAUCCUAUCAGGUGCAAAGCAACGCGUGAGUCGAGGCUAUGACUUCCCAGCAGUGCUGCAGUGGUUUGCUGAGCGUGUGGAUCUCAUCAUCCUCCUCUUCGAUGCCCAUAAGCUGGAGAUCUCAGACGAGUUCUCAGAGGCCAUCCGGGCCCUCAAGGGCAACGAGGACAAGAUCCGGGUGGUCCUGAACAAGGCCGACAUGGUGGAGACGCAGCAGCUGAUGCGGGUCUACGGCGCCCUUAUGUGGUCGCUGGGCAAAGUGUUCAACACGCCCGAGGUGCUGCGUGUCUACAUCGGGUCCUUCUGGUCGGAGCCACUCAUGAUCUCUGACAACCGACGGCUCUUUGAGCUCGAGGAGCAGGACUUGUUCACGGACAUCCAGAACCUGCCCCGGAAUUCUGCCCUGAGGAAGCUUAACGAUUUGGUCAAGAGAGCCCGUCUGGUCCGGGUCCAUGCCCAUAUCAUCAGCCAUCUGAAGAGGGAGAUGCCCUCCGUCUUUGGAAAAGAAAACAAAAAGAAGCAGCUCAUCAACAAGUUGCCCGUCAUCUUUGCCAAAAUCCAACUUGAGCAUCACAUCUCACCUGGUGAUUUCCCCGACUGCAACAAGAUGCAGGAAAUGCUGAUGGUGCAUGACUUCACCAAAUUCCAUGGACUGAAGCCGCGCAUGGUGGAUGCUUUGGAUGAGCUCCUGACUCUAGAUAUUGCCAAGCUGAUGCCUCUUUUGCGCCAGGAGGAGACAGAAGUCCCUGAGCAGAUUGUGCAUGGCGGCGCCUUUGAUGGCACCCGGAACGGUCCCUUCAUCGAAGGAGCAACCGAGGGGGCCUAUGAGGGGAUGGAUGACGAUGAGUGGGUGGUGACCAAGGACAAGCCCAAAUACGAUGAGAUCUUCUACAACCUAUCACCCAUGGAUGGUAAGCUGAGUGGCACAAAGGCCAAGAACUGGAUGGUCACCACCAAACUGCCCAACUCAGUCCUUGGCAAGAUCUGGAAGCUCAGUGAUGUAGACCGUGAUGGCAUGCUGGACGAUGAGGAGUUUGCUCUUGCCAGCCACUUGAUUGAAGUCAAGCUGGAUGGCCAUGGCCUACCAUCUGAUCUGCCCCGUCAUCUUGUGCCACCUUCAAAGCGUCGGCAGAAGGGGUCAGCUGAGUAAAAAGCCUCCUCAAGAGCUUGCCACCAAUCCUUAUGCCAGGUUUGAACUGCUCCAGUAGGCUCUGGUUCUCCUUCACCUUUUAUUUCCACCCUCUUCAGGCUUUAAAAAGUCUAAAUUCCUUAUGAAUGCCUCAUUCCUGCUUAGCAGUUAUGCAUUGGAUUGCAUCAGAAGAUCUUCCUUCCUGCUCCGUUCUUCAAACUUAGCUUCAGCUCUACCUUCUUGCUUUGUCUCAUGUCCCUUCCAGACUCAAGAAGGCUUCGGUUUACCACAAGCUUCUGUUCUCUGUUGGCUUUGUUCAUUUGGGCCUAGUUAGAACUUCAUCAUUUGGUCUUCCAUUCAAUUCUCCACUUCCAGACCUGCAUUCUAGUUGCACCAAUGACUAAAUGUCACUGGACUUUUCUAAGAUGCUUUCCUUCCACAGAAACCAGACUCAAAGGGCUCCAUGCUUCACAAGUUUAUGGCCUAAGAACACUGCUUCUCCCACACCAAGGUCCAACUCUUCCAGGAGGUUGUAGUCUGGUCAACAUCAGUUUAAGAGAAGACCAACUUCAAUUUCCAAACCAUGUCAACCUUGAUCUUCUUUAAUAGAACUCAGUCCUGCUAUCAUGUGUAGAUGCUAACCCUCACAUCCGUGGAGAUCACUUUAUCCAUUUGAAAUAGCAAACCCUUGUUGAAAUGCUUAUGGAACUCCUUGCAGCUAUCAAUAGCUGUGUGUUAUUGCAAUGUCAUCUGUGUUUUGCCAACUCCUUCCAUAAAAAUGAGGGCGAAAUAAGAUGAAGUAGGAGUGUGAAGAAUGUUAGGGAAGACAAGGCUAGAAAAGUUGUUGCCCACAAACGAACUUAAAUAGUAAGGAAGCAUUCCUUACCUUCUUUGGCCUAAUUUUUUGACAAGUUAGGAGCGUUCCAUCUUCUCACAGCUCUCUCAUUUGCCCAGAGUUGUAGUAGGAGAGAGGGCACAAAGGGCCUCCAAGGUGAUUCAAUGGUAAUUCCAGUGAGUUCAUUUCAACCCUCCAACCCUUCCAACCCUUCAAAUUGUUACAGAAUCAAAACAAAAAAUGAAUAGGAAGAAAGGGUCCUCCAGAUGUUUCUUGAUCACCACUCUCACACCUAUUGCCAAGGAGCUCCCGGUGACGCAGUGGGUUAAACCCUGGUGCCGGCAGGACUGAAGACCGACACGUCGCAAGUUCAAAUCCGGGGAGAGCACGGAUGAUCUCCCUCUGUCAGCUCCGGCUCCCCAUACAGGGACAUGAGAAUAGCCUUUCACAAGGAUGGUAAAAACACCAAAACAUCUUGGUGUCCCUUGGGUAACAUUCUUGCAGACGGCCAAUUCUCUCACACCAGAAGCAACUUGCAGUUUCUCAAGUCACCCCUGACAUGAAAAAAAAACCUACUGCCAGAUAAACAAGUGUUAGGGAAUGAUGGAAGUUGCUUUUCAACAUCUGGAGGUACAUACAUUACCCAUCUGUGAAGUAAAGGCUCAGAUAUCCUGGUAAUGAAAGAGUGAUUAUUCUUGGCCUAAACAUUGUCUGUAACUCAUUUAUGAUCCUCUUGAGGUCAUUGCUCGAGCUGCUGUGAUGUCACAGAAUGUAAAUUAUUAGUUUGUGUUUGCCUUGUGUUGACAGUCCAAGUAGUUUCUAAGAAGAACCAAAGCUGAAGAAUAGCCCCAGAUAGUUAUAGGUGUCCUGGAAGAAAUGUAGGACAUUGGAACAAGCUUCAGAAGGAGAUCUGGGGGUUACGUGGUGAUUCAAAAUAACUAAGGAAGUCUGAGGCUGCAAGUCUCUAGUAAUGUAUGUUUGUAUAUUUUUGCUAUUUAGUCUUGCACACAUUUCUUGCUCCUGUAUUUGGAUAUUAUUCCUUUUUUUAUUUCAAAGGGAUGACAAAGAGGAACAAUAGAAAUGGAGAGAUCUCCAGCUAUUUCUCAGUCAUGAGAUCUAGCAACUUGCUAUUUUUGUUAUAAAGCAGAUGUUCCCGGGAUAUCUGUCUUCUUGCCGGACAAAUGGUUUUGCUCUGGCGUCACAAGCGUAGGAUGAUAUCCAACACAGACAACAUUCCAUCCACUGAUUAUAUUGUUUGGAUAGCCAAAAACUAUCAGUAGCGGUCUCCAAAGUGACUGCUUAUUUUGCUCCAACUGUGUUCACAGUCUCUGAAGACCAAUCCAGAACAAGUUCAUUUUCCUGUGAAUACUUAUGCCAGGAAGAAAGACAUUUUUUAUUCCAUCCAUAUGACUUCAUGUUAAAUAGUUUCAUCUGAUUUAAUUUUAUUUCUUUCACUGUAGCUAAGCCUUCUCCUUGAGCUAGCUACUUCCUUAUCACCAUUCACUGUCAAGUAUGUUAUUAUGACAUUGCAAAAAAUCACGCUCAUAUUUCAUUUGAUAUGUAACUGCAGCUUUUAUCCGCCCGUCUUGCUUGGAGUUUGCCUCAGGGGCAACUUUAUGUUGUAGAUUAGAGGAUUUGGGGAGAUUUCUGGAACAGGCAAGAAACAAGGUGUCAAACUGGCAAGGAAACACAGAAGGCUUGUAUGAAAAUUUUACCGAUGAAAACUGAUAUGUGUGUGGCCAAGCAAUAUCAGAAUAAGGUCAAGAUGGCAAAGAGAAUGAAUAGACAAGCUAGGAGUGCCUGCCACAGUUUGGUUUUGCUUGUGUCCACAGGGAAGACAUGAUUUCACCCUUUCUUCUUUCCAUACAGCUAUUGAGCCCAGGCAUCCCCCAUUCUGUAUCUUUGCAUUUUAAUUUUUUCUGCCCAAGAUACUCAACUUAGGCAGAAAAAAAUGAAAUACAAAGAUGUAGAAUGGAGAUAUCUGGCUCAAUAGCAGUACGUGUGAAAAAGGUAUUGGAAUCUUCAUGGACAGGAAGUUAAACAUGAGCCAAUAAUUUCAUGCGGCAGCUUAAAAAACCAAUGGGAUUUUGGCCUGCAUAAAUAUGAGUUUAGUGUCUAGAUCCAGGGAAGUCAUGCUACCCUUCUGUUCUGCCUUGGUCAGACCACACCUGGAAUCACACUGUGUGAUAUUCUGGGCACCGCAGAUUAAGGGAUAUGUUGACAAGCUGGAAUGUGUCCAAAGGAAGAGGGUUUGGAGAACAAGCCUUAUGAGGAGCGGCUGAAAGAGCUAGGCAUGUUUUGCCUGAAGAAGAGAGGGCUGAAAGGAGACAUGGUGGCCAUGUAUAAAUAUGUGAAGGGAAGUCAUAGGGAGGAGGAAGCAACCUUGUUCUGCCCUGGAGACUAGGAUGCAGAACAAUGGAUUCAAACUACAGGAAAGGAGAUUCCACCUGAACAUUAGGAAGAACUUCCUAACUGUGAGAGCAGUUCAGCAGUGGAACUCUCUGCCCUGGAGUGUGGUGGAGGCUCCUUCUUUGGAGGCUUUUAAACAGAGGCUGGAUGGCCAUCUGUCAGGGGUGCUUUGAAUGCAAUAUUCCUGCUUCUUGGCAGGGGGUUGGACUGGAUGGCCCAUGAGGUCUCUUCCAACUCUAUGAUUCUAAAAACUCCCUAACUGUGAGAGCAGUUCAGCAGUGGAACUCUCUGCUCUGGAGUGUGGUGGAGGCUCCUUCUCUGGAGGCUUUUAAACAGAGGCUGGAUGACCAUCUGUCGGGGGUGCUUUGAAUGCGAUUUCCUGCUUCUUGGCAGAGAGUUGGACAGGAUGGCUCACUAGGUCUCUUUCAACUCUAUGAUUCCCACUCCACUGAGGUCUGAAUGCAAGCUACUUUUGCACUUUGAACUCAGUUUGCAGUAUUUGAAGUAAGCUGAAGACAAAGACAACCACUGUGGUGUAGCAACUAUGACUAGAAACAGGGUUUGGAUCCUUGUUCAGCCAUGGAAACCCACUGGGUGACCUUGAGCAAGUCACAAUUUUUCAGUUUCAGAGGUAGGCUCCCUCUAAACAAAUCUUGCCGAGAAAAACUUAGGAUGGCAAUUAGUGGGAAUUGACGUGCCGGUACAACAAUGAAGGGAAAUAUGGGGAGAGAGAGACUCUGUAAUGUUUGAAAGAGCUAAUAAAGUAUGAUGCCAAUCAGGAUUGUCUCUGCCAAAUCGGAACAGUUGGGGGGUAUGAGGAUGAUGUAUUCCUACAACAGGGUUGGAGAAAGUAGGGCCUAUAGGACACCCAUGUUUCCUUCUUGUCACCUCCCCAAACCCCACCAUUGUACUUUGUUCCCUUCCAAGUCCUUUUCAAAAGCCAACACAGAAUCCAGAAGUGACACAACAUCAGCGCUGGGUUGCUGACAUGGUGAAAAUGGCUCCUGAGUCCUGCCACAGUUGCCCUUCCUUGACUUAGAGAGUGUUUCUUUCCAAUGCUUGCACUGUGAUCUGAUCUGUAGUCCCUUGACCAGUACCACUUGGAGCCAUUGGCUAGCAGUUGGCAGAAUUUUUUUCCAGGAAAGAAACAGUUGUAGCCAAUAGGCACAAGUAUGUUACUGGGUCCUGGCCCAUGAGAAAUAAUGUCUUGUCCCGUACAGCCGGAAAAGACCAAGUGUAUCCUCUGCUGUCACUUACUAAACUGAUCUAGGAUAAGCUUUUUAUCCUAUAGUCGGGACCCACAACUGUACUCCAUCACAGUAAUUCAAAUGGCAACAUCUGCAACCCAAAAUCCUGAACUCUACAGCCAGAGCAAAUGACACAAAUUAUCUAUAAAAGGAAAAAAAACUAUGAAUAUCUAUGUUUACAUUUGCUUCAUUUUAGCCUAAUUCAUUCUGCUGCAAAAAUAUACCCAUAGCUCCUGCAUCAGCAAGGUUAUCCUCAAUCACUUUUACUGUAGGGUAGGUGGGGGUCAUUAGCAACCCCUCCACUCCCCAUUUUUAAGCACCAACAGAGCUGCCCCAUCUAGGAGGGUGCUAUGGCGAGAAGACACGUGUGGCAGCGCUCCUUCAGACCUCAGGAUCAAGGCAAGAGAUUUUGUUUCAACUUCAGGAGGUCUAAGGACUCUUGCUGACCAACAUUUCCUGUGGUCUAUCUGCCGGUCUUCUUGCAGGGAUCCAGAGGUGCAGUCUGAACUUGAGGAGGGCCUUGUUGCUUUUGUGAUAUGACUCUAACAGCAUUUUCGAAGGAAUAAAACAUUUAUUUACCA